AGUACUUGGUGAAUAUCACAACUACACACAAAUAUAUAUAUAUAUAAGCGCUCGCCCGUAGGACACGGGUGUAGCCUUGCACUGCGCCACCACAAUAAACAGCUGAAGUCACCCAAUGACCGUGGCCUCCAAAGGAAUACUGCUUUAUUUGCCUCGAGUCAAUCAUUCUCCAAACAACAAAAACAUCUAGAAUGCACGUCAUCUUCUUGAGAACAAUGGGAUUCAUCAAUUACUGACAUGUGGUGUCUCAGUAACUGUUUGACGGUAGGAAAGAGAUGGAAACGGCUUACUAACAGAAAGAAAGAUUUGGGACAUACACGUCCCGACACCAAAUUUGAGAAUACCUCAUUAGAACAGUUUUCAUAUUUCACUGUUCCGCUUCAUAUUCCGCACCGUAGCCCUAAGGCGAACGUUGGAGAACCCGACCCAACCAUUAUUGGAGCCACUAAACCCGUCCGACUGCUCAGGAUACUCCCAGAAAGAGUGAAUGGGUUACUUACGUGUCGCAUCCGAUCUGUCGACUUAGAUGCCGCCAUAACACCAAAAUACGAUGCCAUUUCAUACACCUGGGAACUUACGACCCAAGAAGAGACAAAAAAGAGAAAGGAUGAAACGAGUAACACUAUAGUUUGUAACGACAAACGACUCUUAGUGGCAGAAAACCUUUUUAAUUGCCUGACACAGCUUGAGAAGAACGGCCGCCACUAUGGCCGGGACCUCUGGGUCGAUGCAAUAUGCAUCAAUCAAGGCAACGAUGACGAGCGCAAUGAGCAAGUCAGCAUCAUGGCAGACAUAUAUAAAUUGGCAGAUUGUGUGGUUGUGUGGCUGGGCGCUGCUGAUAAGCUUACACAAAAAGCCUCAGAGUUGAUAGAGCAUUUGAGUCAACUAAAGGAUGAUGACAUGCUCACUAUCAUUCCUCAAGCAUCCGACAAUUCGCAUAACAAUGUCUUAUUGGGAUGCUCAAACUCCCCGGAACACUGGGAAGCACUCGCUUUGCUAUUUGGGAGAAGAUGGUUCACACGAGCGUGGGUGGUCCAAGAGCUCAUCUUGGCUCGCGGAACAACUAUACUAUGCGGCGAUUUUAUCUUCGAUUGGGAGAAGAUGGUUCAUGUCUCGGAUUUUCUAUCAAAAAGAAUAUCUGCGAACACAUUCAAAGAAUAUCUUUCGUACAAAAACCCUACGAAAUUGAAUGCGGUUAAGAGGGACAUUGAUAUUGGAUCUGACAACAUUCUGCUUCACACUCUGGUUAGAUGCCGCACUUAUGACGCUGAGAAGAACCACGAUAAAGUAUAUUCUUUUCUUGGCCUUGCCAAUUGUCGAAGUCCUGACCACCCCGAAUUGUAUCCAAAUUACAAUGAAAGUGUCACGAAGCUAUAUACUAAUGUUGCCAAGUACAUUCUUGAAAUCUCGAAGGAUCUACACGUCCUUGCACACGCCGAGGGCGAAGACUUUCAAAAAAUUAAAGGACUACCUACAUGGGUACCAGAUUGGAGCGUGAGAGAAGAUCUUGGUCUUAGAAUUACUGGAUAUACCAGAUACAAUGCCGCCGGUACACUACCAUGCUUCAAGAAGAUCCAGGACGAAAAUAAGCUAGUAUUACGCGGGUUCGAACUGGAUACGAUUACUCGAAUAGGAGAGACUAAAAAGGAGGUUAAUAAUACUAAGGACUGUAAAAACUGGCUGGAUAUGCGCGACGAGCUUCAACGGGAGUAUCCCACUACCGACUAUAAAGAUGCCUUUUGGCGGACCCUCCUCAUCGAUACAGAUCCGUCUAGAACGGUGCCGAUCAAGCAGCCAUGGGAAAACGCCUUCGACAUCUGGAUGAAGCUCUCCGAUUACGAGCCAUCCGACACUGGUAAGCAAAGAGCUGCCCAGUACGAGACCUCUUUCACCCAUUCCUUGAAUCUGCGCUUGUUUAGGACGGCUCGUGGAAGCUUAGGUUGCGGAACUUCGUCUUGCAAAGAGGGGGACCUAGUGUGGAUAGUUCAGGGCUCGAGGGUACCACUGCUCCUUCGAAAAGGGCCGCAGGCGGCGACCUACAACCUUGUUGGCGGGACGUAUCUCCAUGGGUUUAUGCAAGGGGAGGCGUUGGACGGACGAGAAUUUCAGGAAUUCACUCUGGUUUAAGGUAUUUUAUAAUGGCUAUUACGAUAGGACGAAUUACAGGUGGAUGUAAAAGUAUUGGCGUAACAUAGGGUAUGAUGGAGGACUAGAUAUCUACCUAGGUUAGGGGCUUUGGAUGGAGGAUACGGGGGUACCAAUGCCCGAUACGGAUAUGUUACCUGGAGUAAUAGUGAGCAUUUUUGAAUCUGAUACUUUUCUUCUCGCUUUACAUUAAGACAUAUAAAAAUAUGGGGUAUAAUGUGAUAGAUACUAAACCUAACUAUUCUUCGAACAAGGAAAAGCAUUCAUAAGGGGAUAUGUGGUUUUGGAGGAUAUCACGAGCUAAGUUAUCAGUAUUUUAUUUAUUACUGUCACACAACCAAUACGUACUGAAUAUGCGAUAUAUGAGGUCUAAUUGAUGAUAUUCCUGAUGAUCUGAUUGAUUGAG